GCCGAAAUGAUCUGUAGGGAAGAGCUGGCGAUACUUGAAAAGAUGCAGGGGCUUGAAAACCUACAUACACUGUGGAGUAUGAACAGCCUGUCGUGCGUACUGUAUAAACAAGGCAAGUCUGACCAGGCUAAGGCGUUGGCCCGGCAGACACCAGCGCAGUGCAAGAAGUCGCUAGGACCUGAACAUAAAAUUACAACAUCAAGCAUGGAUACUUUGGCUAUGAUACUAGACAGCCAAGAAAGAGAUGAAGGAGCUGAAGUAUUGAUCGACCAAGAGCUGGCGAUACGCGAAAAGUUGUGCGGGCCCGAAAAUCCGGACACACUGAGCAGCAUGAGCAACGUGGCUAUGGUACUAUAUCGACAGGGCAAAUAUACUGAGGCCGAAGUGAUAUGCCGGCAGGUGCUUGAGCGGCAAGAGAGCGUAAGGGGACCCGAUCAUGUAGGCACGCUGACCAGCAUGUUCAACCUUGCGGUUUGUCUCAGGGAAAAAGGAUGUGUGUCAGAAGCUUUGCCCAUGUUGCGCAGAGCAUUGACUGGAUAUACUGCUGUGCUGGGGGAAGCCCAUCCAGAUACC